AAAAAGUGAAAGUUGCCUGUUUUAAAAAGGAGAGGUAUCAUAUUUAUAAAAUGAACUAUAAUAGUGUAAAGUCAACUUUACAUUUACCACCAGAAACUAUUGACAAGAAGAGUUGUGGUUCCUCAAACUCCUGUUCGACUUUGCCACCAGAAGUUGUAGAAUGGCAGUGGCAAGAUCAAAUCUCCUAUUGGAAAUCUAAAGCAAUAAGUCUACAGUUGGAAAACCAAAUGUUAAAACAACAUAUUCGCAGAGUAUAUACAACACUUAUAGAUGAACCACAUGAUUAUACAAAUAGAGAUAUGAGUACACCACACAUACCAGAUAAUAGUAUUGAGAAGGAAGUACUUUUCAGUAGAACAAAUAUGAUGGAUCACAAGAACAUUUCGAAAGAAGUAAUUCCGAAUUUACCUGAUCCUGAAAUGAAAAAUAGAUUAGAGGAAUUGAGAAAAAUUUAUGGUGAUAAGGCUGAAAAAAUAAUGGGAAUGGAAACUUCUUUACAGUUAAAUUAUGAGAGAUGUUUAGAAAAGGACUGUCCAGUUUAUUGGCCCAAUAUUCCAAUUAAGCUAUCAUUUGAAUAACCUUAAGAAAUAAGUUUGGUAAAUAUAUUUAGACAGGACUAGUCAAAAUUUGAAAUUUAUUUGACUAGAACGGUGUAAAAAAUAAAAUUGUAAUCUUGUCCAUGUGUACCCUUAUUAAAAUUAUUAAUGAAUCAAAAAAGUAGAACAAGUUCAAAGGAAUAGUGAUUUAUCAACACUAGACAGUUAUCUAUAGUAUCUGUAGAAUGAGUGAAAAGUAAUCUUUGUAAAGUGAAAAAUUUUGUAUUUAUUUUGAAUUUUCUUCAAACUUUAGUAAUAGAUUUUAUAAUAACCUAUAAAGUAAUUAUAAAUAUAUUUUUUUUAAGG